AUGAGGUGGUUUUGGAUCCUCGGGCUGGUGGCUCUCUCGGAGGCCAUGAUACUGGUCCCUUUGACAAAGAUUACAACACUGCGAGAAAGCCUCCGGGAAAGAGACUUGCUCCAACAGUUCCUGGAGCUCAAUCCUUACACUGUCACCUACAGCCGCUUCCACGGGCCCCAGGAUCCUGAUGUAGCUGUUCAGCCUCUGAGAAACUACCUGGAUAUGUCUUACGCUGGCGCUAUCAGCAUCGGAACGCCCCCUCAAAAUUUCCAGGUCAUCUUUGACACAGGUUCCACGGACACCUGGGUGCCUUCCAUCUACUGCGACAGCCUCGCCUGCGCUAACCACAAUGCCUUCAACCCUCUGGCGUCGACCACCUUCAAGUUUGUGGGCCAUCCGAUGUCCAUCAAAUAUGGUACCGGAAGUAUGAAGGGCUUUACCGGCAAUGACACUAUUAAGAGAAGUAUUUCCAUGGAAGGCAUGACCGUUGCCUGCAGAGAUGGAUGCCAGGCCAUUUUGGAUACUGGAACCUCGUUGCUCGUCGGACCAUAUAUGGACAUCUACAACAUCCACAGCCUCAUCAAGGCCCAGAAAAGCCUUAAUGGCGGGUACGUCGUGGACUGUGAAGCCGUUCACACCCUCCCUGAUAUUGUCUUUGCCAUCAAUGGCAUUAACUACACAGUGCCAGCCAGCGCCUACACCCUACAGGUGAGAGGCAGGAACUUGUGCUACAGUGAAUUCCUACCACAACCCUUCAUCCUAGAUCAGGCCUGGAUUCUGGGAGACGUCUUCCUGAGACAGUAUUUCUCUGUCUACGAUAGGGAGAACAACAGGAUUGGCUUGGCGCCUGCAGCAUAA